CUUUGGAAGAAGGAGAGGGGAGAGCAAGAUUUGGUUAUAAACAGCUGACGUUUUCCUUGGAAGGAGAAGAAGGGAAGAAAGCACUGAAUGGCUGCCCUCAAUCCAGAAGAACUUAAGAAGCUCCGGGAAACUUUCCGGGCCAAGAAGCAAACAUGUUUCAUCUUGGGAGCCUCAGGUGAAACUGGAAAGGAAGUGCUUACUAAAAUCCUGAGGCAGCAACUGUUCUCCAAGGUGACACUGAUUGGCCGGAGAAAGCUGGAUUUGGAAGGGUCAUUCUACAGCAAUGUGAAACAAGAAGUUGUUGACUUUGAGAAACUGGAUGAAUUUGCUGCUGCCUUCCAAGGCCAUGAUGUUGGAUUCUGCUGCCUGGGCACGACCAUACGGAAAGCUGGAGUGGCUGGAUUGGUACGCGUUGACCGUGAUUAUGUUCACCACUCAGCAGAAUUAGCCAAAGCUGGCGGGUGCCGCCACUUUGUCUUAGAAUCAGCUCUUUGUGCAGAUCCAAACAGUUCUUUACUUCACUUGCGAGUUAAGGGUGAAGCAGAAUCCAGGGUCAAAGCUGUUGGGUUUGACCGCCUCUCCAUAUUUAGACCAGCAUUGCUGCUGUGCGAUCGUCAGGAAUCUCGUCCUGCCGAGUGGAUGGCCAGGCAAGUCCUUGGAGCGGUAGCCUACAUAUUCCCCACAUUUUACUCCAUCUCCACAGUGACUGUGGCCCGGGCAAUGGCAAACAUUGUAGUGAUGCCAGCAAAGGAUAACCAGAAGGUGGAGGUGCUGGAGAACGCCGACAUACAUGCCCUAGGAAACACUAAGUAGUUGGGGGGCUUGUUCCUGGGUGACAUAGCUGGUGAAAGACAGCCUAUCAAUUCCAAUACUCUAGUCUUGUUUAUCUUUCCUUUCCCUGGAGGCCACCCCUCAAAUAGUGAGGCCUUCCAUAUUUCCUUGAAACUAUUCUUCUGUGUUUCCAUGGUAACCCAGCAACCCACCAUAUUUCCCAUGGACGCCAUUUUGAAUAAUAUUGGGAAUUACCAAAAAGGACAAAUGCUCAACUUUGAUUGGUUCAUAGGGAUCAUUAAAAAAAUUUCCCAGCACAUCAAGGCAGUCCAUGGGACUGUGGCUUUUUGUGCCGUGUGACCCAUUGCGGAUCUAUAGUUUUGUAUGAAUCUUUUCUUGCCAUCAUACGUAGGGUAAAACGAGAUGCCUCAGUGCCUGUUGUUGCUUGAAGAUCAGCUCUGAGUUUUCCAGCUGUUCAGUUCUAAACCAAACCCUAAGCGUGUCUAAAACUUAAGGAGGGUAAAAUUUAAAAGGAUCCACGGGUAGGCAGUGAUAAACCUUUCCAGAAGCAGACUUAAAUAUGAGAAAUGAGCCUAUCUGACAGGAAAAUUCCUGUGAGAGGGCCUAGGGAAGGAAAGAUGAGAACAUGUGGCGUUCAGGAUGUCCUACCCAUGUGCUUUACAGCAUGCCAUUCUCACAUCCUCUUUAAAAGAGACUGGACAAGAAAACAGUGGCUGAUUCCACACACGUUAGAUAAUCCACUUUCAAUACGCUUUAGUGAACAUUUGUAACUGAUUUUCCAUGUGUGGAAUAAAAAAUCCACUUCUAAAAGAUAACUAAAGUGCAUUGAAAGUGCAUUAUUCAACGUGUGGAAACAGCCAGUAUUCUGCUGUAGUCUGAGAGUUUGGCUCUAAGGACUCCAGUAAAGCUGACUUUAGGAGUUCCAUGAAUCUUUCUCCUUCACUAGCAUUUCUCCUUCACUUACACACUGAAAUACAUAGGGCCUACAAGUUCCCAAUAAAUGUACCCAGGGCAAAAAUAGAUACUUGCAUAAGCUACACAUGUGACAGUGUAAACCUUUGCAGGGAAAACAUUGUGUAUGAUGUGGUUGUACAAAUCAGGGAAUCCUGCGGGCACUGGGUAUUUUGGCAGUAUGAAAACAUUCCCUAGUAGAUUAGCACUACCUUAGUUGUGAUACUCAGGCAAAACGUUUGCAGGGAACUUUGUCAAAAGAAGAACGUCUAGAAAUGGAUCAAGAGUAAAUUGUAAUAAACGAAGAGAUGUUAUUCAGAAACUUCAAUUAAAAAUGAAAUAAAUUAAACUUGUCUAGUAAUUUUCAUAUUUUUUAAAAAUUACAUCUAACCAUGGGAUAUGAAAUCUGUGUGCAUUUGGAGAUAUUAACAUAUACUCCGAUAGUUCUCGGAUUUGAUAUUUUCCUUUAAAAUCAAUGUCCAUUUCCAUGAACCUAUCUAUUUAAUAAAGAGUUGUUUAUUUUAAACGGCACCUUGUUUCUACUGCAUUGAUAUUAUAUUAUACCACAACUUUAUUUAUUUUGUGUAUUGUGUUUGCCACUGACUUUAAUGGUAACAGACAACUAAAAUAUAAUUUUAGCAAAGUUUCCAUCCAAGCAUGAUGAAAGGGUGCCUGGCUGCUGCCUCUUCCUCCUUUUGCCUCAUUGAUAGCAUUUUAUAAACUUGGAUUCCUGCUUUUCUUUCAUAAAGUGCCACAGUGGUAUCAUAGUAUCAAUAAUUAAAAACAUCAUUUAAAAACCAGCAGGAACAGACACCUGAAAAAUCCCAAGUUUUGAAGAUUUGCCUUGAAGAAGGAGUUUUA